AAGGGAACUGAGCAGCACGCCUCCUUUUCCUCUGCUGGCUCAGCGGCUCGUGGUGCUUCUUGGAUCUCUCCGCCGAUCAUCAUCAUGUCUGACAAGCUGCCAUACAAAGUUGCUGACAUCACCCUGGCAGAAUGGGGCAGGAAGGCCAUCGACAUUGCAGAAAACGAAAUGCCUGGCCUGAUGAAGAUGAGGGAGAUGUACUCGGAGAGCAAACCUCUGAAGGGGGCCCGGAUUGCUGGUUGUCUGCACAUGACUCUCCAGACAGCUGUGCUCAUCGAGACCCUGACUGCAAUGGGAGCCGAGGUACAGUGGUCAAGCUGCAAUAUCUUCUCCACCCAGGAUCAUGCUGCUGCAGCCAUUGCCAAGACCGGGGUCCCAGUGUACGCCUGGAAGGGGGAGACCGAUGAAGAGUACAUCUGGUGCAUUGAGCAAACCAUAUAUUUUUCCGAUGGAAAACCACUGAACAUGAUCCUUGACGAUGGAGGAGAUCUCACAAACCUUGUUCACACCAAACAUCCAGAGCUGCUGAAAGGAAUUAAGGGAAUCUCUGAAGAGACGACCACAGGCGUGCACAACCUUUACAAAAUGAAAGCUGAUGGGACCUUAAAAGUACCCGCCAUCAAUGUCAAUGACUCUGUGACAAAGAGCAAAUUUGAUAACCUGUACGGUUGCCGAGAGUCUCUGAUUGAUGGCAUUAAGCGAGCCACUGAUGUGAUGAUUGCAGGGAAGGUCGCGGUGGUUGCCGGGUAUGGUGAUGUUGGAAAAGGUUGUGCUCAGGCUUUAAGAGCCUUUGGUGCUCGUGUCAUCGUCACCGAGAUAGACCCCAUCAAUGCUCUGCAGGCAGCCAUGGAAGGUUAUGAGGUCACAACAAUGGAUGAAGCUUGCAAAGAAGGGAACAUUUUUGUCACCACAACAGGGUGCACCGACAUUGUAGAGGGCAGGCACUUAGAACAGAUGAAGGAUGAUUCCAUUGUUUGCAACAUUGGCCACUUUGAUUGUGAACUCGACGUGAAGUGGUUGAAUGACAACGCUGCUAAGAAAGUGAACAUCAAGCCACAGGUGGACCGGUACCUCCUGAAAAAUGGACGCCACAUUAUCUUACUCGCUGAAGGUCGUCUAGUAAAUUUGGGAUGUGCGAUGGGUCACCCUAGCUUCGUCAUGAGCAAUUCCUUCACUAACCAGGUCAUGGCGCAGAUUGAACUGUGGACCAACACUGACAAAUAUCCUGUAGGGGUGUACUUCCUGCCCAAAAAGCUUGAUGAAGCAGUGGCAGCUGCCCAUCUCGAUAAACUUGGAGUGAAACUGACUAAGCUUUCCGACAAGCAAGCCAAGUACCUCGGCCUAGACAAAGAGGGACCCUUCAAACCUGAACACUACCGAUAUUAAGAACCAACUACAAAGAGCCAAAGAUGACCUAGCGGAGAGAUCGGUCCACCAUCCAUGUGCUUUUCCCCAUGAUCCCAAACGGUUUACCUCUGCAACCCUGAUCAGGAAACCUUGUGGUUCUAUAGUCUCCUAGCGAGCACACCUUGUUGUGUUUCAAAGACUGUACCGCAAAAUGUGCCUGUUUUUUGUACCUGGAUGUGAGAAAGUUACAUGCGAAUCCUUAAUACUGUUUUAUUGCUUUCUUGUAUGAAGAAAACAAUUUACUUUUCGGAUGCCGGUCUUGGCUUUGUGGAUGUGUCAUGAAAGCACUUGAGAUGUAUAAAAACGCCUUUGUUUAUUAUA